AUGGCGAUAUUAAAGGGAGAUUGGAAUACAGCUGAAGAUUGGCUAAAAAGGAAUUCUAAUGAUGUUAGGACAAAGAUACUGUUGAUGGGUCUUAAUGCUCUUCAAGUAGCUGUUUUGGCUGGAAAAUUAAAUAUUGUAGAAGAGUUGGUGAAGUUAAUGAAAGUAGAAGACUUGGAAAUGACAUCAAAUUAUGGUAAUACAGCCUUUACUUUUGCAGCUUUGAAUGGAAGGAUAGAUAUGAUGAAGAUCAUGUUGGAGAAGAAUCAAAAUUUGGUUACUAAAGGAAAUGAUUUCGAUGGCUGUCUUCCAAUUGUCACAGCUUCUUUAUAUGGCCAAGGAGAAACUAUACAUUAUCUUCUUAAGAGAACUCCCAUUCAACUUCUAAGUCCACGAAGUGGUGAUAAGAAUGGUGCCACACCUCUAAAUAGCUUGAUCCGUAAUGGGUUUUAUGUCCCUAAAAGCAUAAAAGAUAUGAAGAUGAGACAUGCUCAAGCCUUGCAACUCCUCAAAUUGCUAUUCAAGGAAAUACCAACAUUAACAAAUGAAGAACUCAAUAAUCUUAGGUUUACCCACAUAAUGUAUGAUGCAAUCAACUGUGGUAUAGUUGAGUUUAUCCAAGAGCUAAUCACAUCUAACCCUGAAUUAGUAUGGAGAGUUGAUACCAAGAGAAGAGCACUAUUUGCAUACGCAAUCCUACUUCGUCAAGAAAAAAUCUUCAGCCUUAUAUAUGGAUUGGGUGCAAAGAGUCGUACAAUAGUGACAAAAAGAGAAAUGUUUGCCAAUAACUCUUACACUUUGUUGCUAAGUUAUCUCUUGACUUUCAACUUGAUCGAGUUCCUGGUGCAGCUUUGCAAAUGUAAAAGGAAUUACAAUGGUAAGGUAAAUGUUAUAUUUCCUGCAAGCUUUUAA